AUUAUUGAGAUAAGUUGUUCGGCUUCAGGAAUAUUUCGCGAAUCUGAUGCAAAGUUCCACGUUUUGAUGUUAACUUUUAUAUCCUGACCAAAAACCACCAUAAAUGGUCAAGGAACAGUAUAGAGAGGCCGAUUUGGCCAGAGAAAUAAGUCAAUUGACUUUUGGGGUUCUCAGUUCGAAGGAAAUAAGACAGCAAGGACAAGUUCAAGUUGUUGCAAAAAAUCUUUAUACUCAAGAUGGUAUACAUCAACCACAUCCCUAUGGUGUUCUCGAUAGACAAAUGGGUGUCUGCGGAAAGGCUGACAAAUGUGCCGCUUGUCAUAAAGAUGUAUUCGCGUGUACUGGGCAUUUUGGUUAUAUUGAUUUAGAGCUGCCUUGCUUUCACAUUGGCCAUUUUAGAAAUGUUAUUACAAUUUUACAAACAAUUUGUAAAACGUGCAGUCAUGUACUAUUACCUCCUCCCGAAAAAAAGAAAUGGAUAAGCGUGAUAAAUCGACCAAAUCUACCAUAUCUGCAAAAAAAGACGUUGAGAAAGAAGAUAAGCGAACAAGCCAAGAAAAUUUCGGUCUGUCCUUAUUGUUCUGCGGUCAAUGGAGUUGUUAAAAAGUGUGGACUUCUUAAAAUUUCGCACGAACCUCAUCGAGCCUUAGGUAAAAAGAAACUUGAAUCGGUUAUGGAAGAAAGAAUCAUUGAAUUUCAAUCGGCUAUCGAUUCAAAUGCCGAAUUAAAGGGUCUUCUAAAAAAUGGUCAUCCAUCAAUAAUUCUAAAUCCAAUGAUAGUUUUGGAGUUAUUUAAGAGAAUACCUCGAGAAGAUAUUGGUUUAUUGAUGAUGUCUUCGGCGUCAGGAACACCUGAAGAUAUAAUAUUAACAAGAAUUCCUGUACCACCUGUUUGUAUAAGGCCAUCUGUAGUUUCGGAUGUUAAAGGUGGUACAACAGAAGAUGAUAUAACAAUGAAACUAUCCGAAAUUAUAUUCUUGAAUGAUGUUAUCUGUAAACAUCGAGCGACAGGUGCAAAGAUGCACAUGAUGAUGGAAGAUUGGGACUUUUUACAACUGCAGGUUGCACUCUUAAUAAAUUCUGAAACAACCGGUGUUCCACCUCAUAUGCAACCGAAAAAACCUCUCAGAGGCUUGUGCCAGAGAUUAAAAGGCAAACAAGGUAGAUUCAGAGGAAAUCUUUCUGGAAAACGAGUUGAUUUUUCCAGUAGAACUGUAAUAUCACCCGAUCCUAAUAUGAGAAUAAAUCAAGUUGCCAUUCCUAUACACGUUGCAAAAAUCUUAACAUUUCCGGAGAGAGUAACACCGCAUAAUAUUAAACUAAUGAAACAAUUAAUUAAAAAUGGCUGUGAUGUUCACCCAGGAGCAAACUUUGUUCAAUUUCGUUCAGGUGGUAGGAAAUUUUUAAAAUUUGGUAACAGAACGAUGAUUGCCCGUGAUAUACGACCUGGCGAUGUCAUAGAACGUCAUUUGGCAGACGGAGACGUCGUCUUAUUUAAUAGACAGCCGUCGCUUCAUAAAUUGUCGAUUCAGGCUUUCAGAGCAAGAGUAAUGCCUCAUAGAACAUUCCGGUUUAAUGAAUGUUGUUGCACACCGUUUAACGCUGAUUUUGAUGGAGACGAAAUGAAUAUUCAUCUUCCACAGACAAUUGAGGCUAAAGCAGAAGCUUUAACCCUUAUGGCUUCAACUAAAAAUAUUAUUACACCUAGGAAUGGAGAGCCUCUUAUUGCCGCUAUUCAAGAUUUUAUAACAGCCUCAUUUCUAUUAACCAAGAAAGACGAAUUUUUUACCAAAGCUAAAGCUUGUCAGUUAAUUUCAUCAAUUCUUACGGAGGAUGACUCUACAACAAAAAUCGACUUACCUACUCCAGCGAUAAUAAAACCCGUCCAGAUGUGGAGUGGUAAACAAAUUUUCUCACUAGUCUUGAGACCUUCCAAGGCGCAUGGGCAAAUAAAUAUAAGAACAAAGGGCAAGAACUAUUCAAAAGAUGAAGAACUGUGCUGUAAUGACUCCUACGUGGUUAUUUAUAAUUCUCAACUGCUUGCUGGGGCCAUGGACAAAACUACUUUGGGAUCAAACUCGAAAAAUAAUGUUUUCUACGUUUUAUUGCGAGAUUAUGGUGAAGAUAUGGCAGCAGCCGCCUUAUCUAGAUUAGCCCGUAUUGCUCCAGCUUAUCUCUCACACAGAGGGUUUUCAAUAGGAAUAGGUGACGUCACACCUGGAAAAACCCUUGUUGACGCUAAGGUUAAACUAGUCGAUAAGGGAUAUGCUCUCUGUGAGGAUUAUAUUAAGUCUUUGAAUGAAGGCAAUUUAGCUACUCAGCCUGGAUGCACAUUAGAAGAGACUCUAGAAUCAUUAAUAUUAAGGGAACUUUCGCAAAUUCGAGAAGAAGCGGGUAAAGCCUGUCUACGAAAUUUGCAUUCGUCAAAUUCUCCCUUGACUAUGGCUAUUUGCGGCUCUAAGGGUUCUUUCAUUAAUAUUUCUCAGAUGAUUGCCUGUGUCGGACAACAAGCCAUCAGCGGGAAAAGACCGUACGAUGGUUUUGAACAGCGUUCUCUACCACACUUUCCACGGCUCUCCAAAAAACCAGCCGCUAAGGGAUUUGUUAGAAACUCGUUUUAUUCUGGUCUUACACCAACUGAAUUUUUUUUCCAUACAAUGGCUGGCCGUGAAGGUCUGGUCGAUACAGCUGUUAAGACUGCUGAAACUGGCUAUAUGCAAAGAAGACUAGUAAAGUCUCUUGAAGACGUUUGUUGCCAUUACGACGGAACCGUUAGAGAUGCUAACAAAGCGGUUGUCCAAUUUGUGUACGGGGAAGAUGGACUCGAUCCCACACUAAUGGAAGGUGAUGAAAGACCCAUUAAUUUUGAGAGAAUGCUUAGAAAUGUCAGAAAUAGAACUCCAAAUUUGAAGGAAGACUCCUUGACUGGGGAUGAAAUACGUAGUAGAGUAAAAGCUUUGUUAAGCAAAGAUAUGUCUCGAGAUUUUCAAAAAGAAGUAAAUAACUUUUUUGAAACUAUAGCCACUAAAGUUGAUGUAAAAUACAAGAAAUUUUCAAUGUCAGCACCACCUACAGGCGUUCAUCGUUUUAUUGAACGUCUGACUGAGUCACACGUAAAUGAUCUCGUUGAUAUCUUCAGUAAAAAAUAUACAAAUGCGGCUAUGGAACCAGGAACUGCUGUUGGUGCUCUGUGUGCACAAUCUAUUGGAGAGCCUGGAACUCAAAUGACUUUAAAAACUUUUCACUUUGCUGGUGUAGCUUCUAUGAAUAUUACUCAAGGUGUACCCAGGAUAAAGGAAAUUAUAAAUGCCGCUAAAGCUAUUUCAACGCCAAUCAUUACUGCACCGUUAAUAAAGCAUGACGCAGACUAUGCUAGAUUAGUGAAAGGUAGGAUUGAACAGACGAAACUCGGUGAAAUUUGUGAAUAUUUAGAAGAAGUUUACCUUCCCGAUGAUGUUUUCUUACUAAUCAAAUUAGCUUCGAAGAGAAUUAAAGUCUUGCGGCUUGAAACUGACGCUCAUGGUAUAGUUGAUUCAAUUUUGGCUGCUAAGAAAUUAAAGUUAAAACCUGGUCAGAUUAGAGUUUUCAACGAAAAUUUCAUAGCCAUUUAUGUAGCAGACAAGACGAAUAUUCAUUUCACCUUAAGAAACUUGAAAACAGCCAUACCUAAAGUUGUUGUUAAAGGUCUAUCUUCAGUAAGCAGAGCGGUAAUUCAUAAAGAUGAAACUCCUACUGUAACUCAUAAGCUAUUCGUUGAAGGCGGAGAUUUGCUCUCGGUUAUGUCUACAAUAGGGGUUGAGGGUAAAAAUACAACAUCAAAUAAUAUUAUUGACGUGGAAAAGACUUUAGGCAUUGAAGCAGCCCGUGUUACAAUUAUGAAAGAAAUAGAUUCAACUAUGAAAAGUCACUCAAUGUCUGUUGAUAUGAGACAUAUUCGUUUAUUAGCGGAUUUGAUGACAUGUAAAGGGCAUGUUCUAGGUAUAACGAGACAUGGUUUAGCAAAGAUGAAAGAGAGUGUCCUAAUGUUAGCAUCUUUUGAGAAAACGACGGAUCACCUAUUCGAAGCCGCUUACCAUGGACAAACGGAUGAAAUUUGCGGCGUAAGUGAGUGUAUUAUCAUGGGAAAGCCAAUGCAAGUUGGCACAGGAAUGUUUAAACUGGUACAUAAAGUUGUAAAGGAAGACGUAAAGAUAAAGUCUACUAUAUUUGAUAAGCCAAAUUUAGAAAAAUUCAUUAAUUGAGACAUUAUUUCUAAACUGGAAGAAAAUGUAUAUCUGUAUGUUAUUGUUUUAUUUAUGAUAUAUCUAUAAAUUUAUAUAUAUAUAUAAACGAAUUAUAAUACAAAAAAUAUAUCCCAUAUGCGGUUAUUAAUCAAUGAAUAUUCAUAUGCUUUUUUACAUAGUUAAAUAUACACGUUAUACUGUUUUAUAAACGAUUCUAACAGUAUUAGACUAUUAAAGAACAAUAAGUGGUGAUAACGUGUUACUUUCAAUCGAAAGCUAAGAAGAACGUUAUAAAAUCUGACAUGAUUGACUUUUAUGAUAAUCUGAUGAGGAAUAACUUGGAGGAGGCAUAAGAAAACCAGGUGGAGGAUCUGCAACAGGGCCGUCGAAAUAAACUCUUACAUGUAAAACUUUACGUUUACAGUUGUCAUCGGACAUGAUGUGAGUAUUGGAAUUUUCUUCUAAAGCUAUUGUUUCUACAUUAAUAAUCUUGACAUGCGAGUUAUAGUUAACAAAUGGAAUAACUUCUCUGUACCAUAAUUUAUCCAAUGACUCGCAUAUCCUCGGAGUCUCCGAACUAUCUGGCCUUACUAUUCCAGGAAAGAAGCACUUAAAUGUUAAUUUGAUUGGAUAUAUAGAGAGACUAGGUGUUUUUAUCGUAUAAUAUACUCGAAGAAUACGAAGAGAUGUGCUAAAAUGAUAGUCUGACUUAUAGCUGCCAAGCGUUUGAGGAAAAUCUAUAGAAAAUAAUAUAUAGAGAAUUGUAUUAAAAGUAUAGAAGUAUC